AUGCCGCACCUCCCGUUAGGAGAAAACAUCCUACACCGGCACCGCCGCGGCAACGCUGUCUCUAAACCGGAAGGCCGUCAUGCCACAGUCAGUCACGAUCCUAUGCGCCAGCACAGCCUCAGCCUUGAGGAUAUUGGCGCCGAUAUACCUGAUAUUCCUCUCCGGCGACAAGGGCCCGUUGCUGCCGGCACUAGCCCUACACCGUGGGAGGAUGAUGGCUCUAACUGGGUCCCCCAGGGCCCUGUAAGCCCAAGAGUGUUGCACUCCAGGAGGAAGCCGAGGUACGAUGAGAAAUGGCCAUGCUAUGCGCCGACGAUGCUGACGAUAUCUUCUCGAAGCCAACACUUGCAGCACACAGAGGUACCGUUGCGGGGAAGAGUGAUCUCACCCGACCCCGACUACACCGCGCCGAGGGGUGCGCAGUCGUUGAGUCCGCCACCAAAGAGUGCCCCAACACGUUCCACGAGGUCGCGAGCCAACUCUACGCGCUCAUCGUACGAGACCAACGCCACGUCUCUGAUCCCCUUGCAGACCAAAGGUCUAGGGGAUGAUGAUCUUUUGGAGCCUAUCCCAGACGAAGAGCUUGAACCUGGCUCCUUCGACCUCGUGGCACCAGACCAGGGAAUCAGCCGGCAGCACUCGCUUGAAACUCGAUCAGAAGUCUUGUUCUCAAAGGAACACCUGAAGGGCAUAUUUUCCGACUACGUGCUUCUUCAAAAGUUCACAGACUUCCUGGCUGAAACGCGCCGCGAGUCCCUGCCGCUCUUGACGUACUACCUCGACUCGAUGAAGGCCUUGCGAGCCAUUGCGUACGCUAAUGCCAUUUCCCGGGCACUGGACGCCACGGAUGGUCAUGACUUCACUAGCGAGGGGCCUGGAAAGACUACUAACACGGCUCUGGAGAAGAAAGCCGAGGCUGCCUUCGAGGCACUGACUCGCGAAGACCUGCCUGCUUACAUCACGCAUCUGUGGACGCAAACAGUCAGUGUGUCGAUUAAGCGACGGAUUACAGGCACUUUGCCCGUCCAACUGCGGGAGAUGUCGGAGGGGCUCGCUGAGGUCUUUUGUCUGACUGACCCUUCUCGACGGGAUAACCCCAUUGUCUUUGCUUCUGAAGAAUUCUACCGAACGACUCAGUAUGGCAUGAACUACGUUAUUGGACGCAACUGUCGUUUCCUCCAGGGGCCGAAGACCAACCCAUUCAGCGUUCAGAGAAUACGGGACAAGUUGCUGGCCGGCAAGGAAUGCUACGAGACCUUUCUCAACUACCGCCGCGAUGGGUCGCCUUUCAUGAAUCUUCUCAUGAUGGCCCCUCUGUACGACAGCCGAGGCACAAUAAGAUACUUCAUCGGGGCCCAAGUCGACGUUUCUGGACUUGUCAAGGAGAGUUCUGGGCUUGACGCCAUGAAGAAACUCAUGGCAGAGUACGAAGCCAAGGAACCCGGCGAUGAUGCUGAUCACAACCCCGAAGAGGAGUCUAAGGAUGAAUUCAAAGAUCUCUGUGAGAUGUUCAACUCGACCGAGCUGGAGACUGUUCGACGGUGUGGCGGGGACAUGUACCGCGUCAAGCAGGAGGAGGCGGACCAGUCCAAUGGCGGGUCAACGAACUGGAACAAGCCUCGCAUCUUGCUGAGAGAGGAGUCACUUGCGGCGCAGAGCCAGCCUUCAUCACCAACAGCAUCCAGCGGCAGACUUACGGGUAUCUACGCGCAUUAUCUUCUUGUCCGACCAUAUCCCAGCCUGCGCAUCCUGUUUGCUUCGCCAUCGCUCCGGGUACCCGGAAUCCUGCAAUCGCCCUUCAUGAGCAAGAUAGGCGGGUCCGAUCGUGUCCGCGAAGGACUCACUCAGGCGUUCGCGGACGGCCAUGGCGUCACAGCCAAGAUACGGUGGUCGUCCAAGCCGGGCGUUGAGGGCCGACCGCGCUGGAUCCACUGCACGCCGCUGGUGGGCAGCAAUGGUGCUGUCGGCGUCUGGAUGGUUGUCCUCGUCGACGACGAGGUGGAUCCCCUCCCGCGGCACAUGCAGGCGCCUGCAGUCAGGGUGCAGCGUCGCAGGACAUCGCAGCCGCCGACGGCACACAACGAGGAUAAUAUGAGCCUACGCAGCUUCGCGGCCAUAAACAGGGAUCCUGAAGCCAGCACUGUUGGCGACGCUCGGCCAGGCAGCCGGGGGACAUGGGGGACCAGCCGCACAGAUCGCCCGGAGACGCCGUACACGCUCCGCCUAGGCGAUGAGUGA